GUAAUGGGUGUGCUGCGUCCCGGUGCUUAUGUUGGAUGUAGAUACGCUUUUUAAAGUGGAAUUUUAAAAUCUAUGUCUAAAACGGCCUUGUCUUCCUUUACUGUCUGACGUGGUUCUGAAGCCACUGAAGUUUAAUAAUCUGCAGCUUCCAUCCCAAAGCAGAAGCACUGGACCUGACAUCUCGUCCCGAGUUAGGGCUCCUCGCUUCCCGACAGUUCCUUUGUUCUAUUUUGUUCCAACGUAGGAAACCAUUUAAAAAAAAGCAUAUUUUCACAUUUGUUUUUGCUACUUGGUUCAUUUCUGGUGAGGAGGGGGCAAGGUAUGAAAGGCUGGAUGAGAUAGUUUGGGGUAGAUGAUCCAGGACGGGAGGGAGGCGAAGGUGAAACUCGAACAGGAGUUUCCUCUUUGCCCUUGAUGCGAAGCCCAUUUCUGAGUCAGUGUAGCCCCCGAGCUCCUCGAGUCCAGUGAUGUGUUGUAAAAUACUCUAGUGAUGAGGAAAGGAUUUCAAUUUGUACCAUGGUUUUGUGACUUCAGGACUUUCUAAAGUACAGUGAAUGAAAUGGGUUCUUUUGAAAUAUAGAAAAGUGGCAGUCAGAACACAACAUGCUUAAAUUUUUGUAUCGUUGGUUGUCAUGUGUUUAGAGAGUUGAUUUCACGGGGAAACCAAGCCCGAUGUUCUGCCAAAACAAACCUCCAAAAAGUAGCCAUAUAUUACCUUGAGAUUCAUUUUCCCGCUGGCAUUUACAGGAAAUGAAAGAAAUACAAUAGAAUUUCACGAACAACAGUGCAUAAAAAGGCAAAAACAAGACAAACAACUAACAAAGCAAAGGAAGGCGAGCUGUGCAAAUAAAAAAAAUUCUGAGAACAAGAGUUGUAGAGAGCCCUUGAAAGUGAGCCUGUAGGUUGUAGUAUCAAUUGAGGGUAGUGAUGAUUGAAGAUAUCCGCACUGGUUGAGGAGCCUGAUGGUUGUUGGGUGAUAACUGUUUCUGAACCUGCAGGUGUGGGACCUAAUGCUUCUGUACCUUCUGCCUGAUGGUUGUAGCAAUAACAGCAUGGCCUGGGUGAUGUGGGUCACUGACAAUGGAGGCUGCUUCCUUGUAGCAGCGCUCCAUGUAAAUAUACGCAGUGGUGUGGAGAGAUUUGCCUGUGAUGACUGGGCUAUACCACUUUCUGUUGUCUUACCACUUUCUAGGCACUGUUGUUUCCAUACAGGUCAUGAUGCCAACAAAUAGGAUCCUGUGCAUCUGUAGAAGUUUGCCAAACUUGUUUAAUAAAUGUAUUCUUUGCUUAGAUCAUAAGAGAUAGGAGCAGAAUUAGGCUACUUGGCCCAUCGAGUCUGCUCCGCCAUUCCAUCAUGGCUGAUUUUUUUUUAUCCCUCUCAAACCCAUUCUCCUGCCUUCUCCCCCCAACCUUUGGUGCCCUGACUAAUCAACCUCUAAGUAUACUCAAUAACUUGGCCUCCACAGACACCUGUGGCAAUGAAUUCCAUGGAUACACCACCCUUUGGCUAAAGAAAUUCCUCCUCAUCUCUGUUCUAAAUGAGGUCCUAGACUCCCCCGCUAUAGGAAACAUCCUCCCCACAUCUGUGCUGGAAAUAGUAGUAUUUAGCGUUGUGGCUAUCCCUCGAGGUCGAGGAUGAUGGUCUUUGUUCCGUUGAUCUAUUUAUGGGCUCUCAAGUGGCUUACGAGUCCAAUCUUAUGGCCCACAGAGUGAAGAUACCUGUGCGUGUAUUUGUUUAAUGUGUACUUGAUGUUGCACUCCAAGAAGCACACGAUACUUCACAAAUCAACCAACUGAUUCCAAUGGCACGGAAACCACAAUGAUUGGAGCUGAUGGAUUUGUUGCAGCCUUCAGCCCGCCUUCAAAGCCGUUGAGUUCGAAGUAACUUCAUCCACCUGUUCCACCGUUGAGGUCUUGGUUGGAUUGUUCUUUGUCAGGGACCUCACCCUCGACCUUACUGCCAUGGGUGACACUACCAGGAGCAUAGCUCCAGACAGCAUCGCUCUCGGGAUCACAGGACCACACAAGCUUCUCCACCGCGACAAGGUGACAAUCCACGGAGAAGAGUGCUUAGCGCUUAAUGGGUUGCAAGAAUUCCUGAGGCAGUCACUGAGGAAAUAGUUGAAGAUGAUAGAGCCAAGAGUGAUUGCUUAAACAACUUGUUUCCAAAUGCAAACAGAUCAUAUUUCACUUGCAUUUGGUGACUUCAUUUUCCCAUGUGGAUCCCACAUCACCAAGUUCAGGAACAGUUAUUACCCCUCAAACAUCAGGCUUUUAAACCAGAGUGGAUAACUUCAUUCACCCCAACACUGAACUAAUUGCACAACCAAUGGACUUGCUUUCAAGGACUACAUAGCUCAUCUUCUCCAAAUUAGUUAUUUAUUAUUUUGUGUUUUUUUUGUAUUUCCACAAUGUGUUGUCUUUUAUUCAUUGGUUGUUUGCCCAUUUUUGUUAUGUGUUCAAUUGUGUUUCUUUGUAUUUACUGUAAAUGCCUGCAAAAUGAAUCUCAGGGUGAUAUCUAUGUACUUUCAUAAAUUUAUUUUGAACUUUGAGGUUGUGUAAUGCCCAUUUGAAUGUUGCUUUGCUGGCAAAACAAGGGACCCUUUAAUUUCACCUUGCACUUUUUUUUAUCCAUUUAUGGGAGGUGCAAAUGGAAUCUCCCAGUGCUUAGAUGCCAUUACCUUUGAGUGAUGAUGCAGUGACCAAUUCCACAAUUGAAAAGUGGCCAUUUUAAGAGCUUUGCAUAAAACUUAAGAUGCUUUAAACUAUUAGGAAAUAUCCCUUUUCCUUUCUAGUCCUAAAGAAGGGUCUCAGCCUGAAACGUCCAUUUCCAUGGAUGCUGCUUGACUUGCUGAGUUCCUCUAGCAUUUUGUGUGUGUUGCCUUGGAUUUCCAGCAUCUGCGGACUUUCUGUCUGUUAAUGUCUUCCCUUCCUUUCUGUGUAUUACAUGAUCUCUGAGCCCAUUCUAAGACGGGUUGUUGUCAACUCAUGGUGACCCUAUGGAUAACUUAGAAAAUCAUAGGUUUUCACGACAAGAUACGGAAAUAGAUUGCCCAAAUUGGGACCCAGCUGGAUUCGAACUCAGGACCAUCUGACUUGAAGUCCAGUGCUGAUGCCGCUACACCACCAGCCGGCCUACUAAGGAAAGGAGGCUUCAAUUUAAAAGCUCAAGUAUUGUGAGACUUCAAGCUGAAUAUGAACAAAAACACUGGGGUAUAUGAAGAUCCAGCAGACAUUGCCAAACAGCAGGAGCAGCAUUACUAUCUUCUUUCUCAACUGCAGAGUCUGGUCAAAGACUUAUCAAGUUCGUGUCAACAACGAUUGUCCUAUGACAUACUAAGUAACCUGGCCUUGGCUUUGAUCGAUGGCACCGUCUUCGAGAUUGUGCAGGGUUUGCUUGAGAUCCAACAUCUGACCGAGAAAAAUCUCUACAACCAGCGUCUGAAACUGCACAGUGAGCACAGAGCUCUUAAACAGGAGCUCCUGAGAAAACACAAGGAGGCACUACAAGGCUGCAAGAUCCACAACCUAUCAGUGCUUAGAGCCACACAGCAAAGGGAGCUGGAGGCCUUGGACCAAAGGGUUAAAGAAGAGCAGAGGAUGAUGGAUGAAAAGAUAGUCUUGGAGUUAGACCAGAAAGUGAUUGAUCAACAAAACACACUGGAAAAGGCUGGUGUUCCAGGAUUCUACAUUACUACAAAUCCUCAGGAGCUGACUCUACAGAUGAAUUUGCUGGAACUGAUUCUAAAAAUGCAGCAGAAAGUAUCUGAAGUGGGGAGCUGCUGAUCUGGUGAACUUGGAACUUUGCUAUUAGCUCUGCCUUGGAGAAAGUACAGAAGACGCAGUCAAGCUUCAUUACACACCUUUCAGCAGUCAUGGAAUUGAAAUGCCAGAGUCGACGCCUUUACUGUGCACAGUAUAGUGCUGAUUGUCCAGGAGCCUGUACUGUGCACAGUACAAUGCGAUUCGUCCAGGAGGUCCUUGGGUAAAUCCUGGUUGGCUAAGUGACAAGGUUUUUGUGUGCUUAAAUGCCUCCAGUAUUAGACAUUAACUCAUUGUAUUUUACAUGAACUAUGAAAACUACCUUGUAAAACUGAUUAUGGUUUUCCUGUUCUACAACUUGACGUUGGUUCAGAUACUGCCAGUGCAUCAGUAUUUGAUUACUUCCUUUUGUUUAUCCAACAUCACUUUUUAAUAUUGAGUUGUUUAACAUGCACAGUAUAUCAGACUUUGGGAAUGAUGCAUUUUCUUUUUCUUGGCAAGUUUUGAUCAAUGACUUCAGACUUUGGUCUGGUCUAACAUGUAUUGAUCUUUCAAAGGAUCAAUAAAUGGUUUUCUGUGGAUAUGAAUUGUUGAUCUUAAGCUAAGCAAUGCAAGUUUAAGCUAAAAAUACUGACAUGAGGAAGUUGCAAUUAGAUUUUCAACCUGUAUUAUGUUAAAAUUGGAGUUUAUUGUAAAAUAUCUAAACGUUUGUUUAAAGAAGUAUUCACUGUUCUUUGUUUUAUGUGUGUAAGAAUUACUUUAUCCAAGUAUUUUCAGUUUGUAGAAACCUAGAAAAUACCUUGUAAUGUACAAAAAGGUAAAACCUCUCAAAGGUAAGUCAGACUUGUGGCUACUUUACCAGGGCUGCUCAGUGAGCUACCAAAUUCUUGUUUAGAUUCAGAAAUCGUAUUGACAGAUCAGUGUUGUAUUUCAGUUUUGUAUGUUUUACAUCUUUGCAUGUGAUUCUUUAAAUAUUCUUUAGUAAUUGACUUUUUAUGUUGCUGAAUAAAACUUCAUAGAAUCAUAUUGAUGUUCCAUUAAGGUGUCAGUAACGUUCUGAUCUUUAAAGAAACUUGUAACACUGCUGUCUUUAAUCGCACAAUAAAACAUUUGAGCUGAAUCG